AUGGCAACAGAGCCAUUACUCAGUGGCCCCGAGAUGGAGGCGGCGUUGAAGGAGCCGUAUGGGUCGACGGCCAGUACCAGUGAGGAGCCGACGCCCAGUACUUCUUCUGGAGCAAGGGAGAGCAAGGAACUCGAAGCCACCGGCGGCUCAUUCACCCAAAAAGAACUCGAAGCAGCAGCAGGGGACCCGGAAAGACAUCGCACAAAAUUGGAAGAGUUCGGGCUGAGCAUCGUGGUGAUAUUGACGGUGGCGAUGUGGUUUUCAACGUGCCAUAUGACGCUCUGCUACCCGAUGUACAUUUUGAUGGCGCAUUUUGUGAAGAAGCAGAGCUUGCGGGAAAUUCAUGAAGAUUCCGUCACAAUCUUCAAGGGCCGUGGCAUCAGCCCGAUGUCGAUGCUGCUCUAUGUUAUGCCAUUUUUUAUCCUUUGGGUGGCAGCCAACUACAGCUAUUCCAGAUCACUCGGCUCGAUCUCGGCCUCCGUGGCCACAUCAAUCUCCUCGUGCAACACGGCCAUCGUCUACAUUCUGGCCAUAUUGCUGCUUGGGGAUAAAUUCGUUCCGCAUAAGCUCCUCUCCGUGGUGUUCGCUGUGGCCGGCGUCACCGUGAUGGCGUUCGACGGCGAGAUCUCCGGCGAGGUGCCCGGCAUCGUGUUGUCGGUCAUCUCCGCGGCAUCGGCCGCUUGUUAUAAAGUGUGCUUCAAGCGGGUCAUUGGGAGCGCCUCUUUUCCGCAGGUGUCCCUCUUCAUGACGUGCCUCGGCACCCUGAACUUGUUCAUCAACGCCGCCGCCAUUUUGAGCUUGUUGUUCAACUUCACCAUCAACCUCGGCAUCGCCAUCCUGCACCCGUUGGUGAUCUCGGUCGGGAUGUUGGUCGGGAUCCCGUUGAAUACAGCAAUCGACGUCGUCUUCCGCUCCGUCGAACCGACCGUCUUCUUCUUGACGGGCACCGGCUUGAUCGUCGUCUCCUUCUUCUUGAUCAUCCUGCCCGCCGAUAUCCUCCAAAUCCUUCGUCGGCGAGCUUGCGGCAUGCCGUUGAGCGGUACUGGCGAGCUCAUCGCCUCGCUAGUCGUAGCAGCCGGCCUGGCAUGUACGUGGUGCGCUUCUACCCAAUUCAGCCGAGCCGCACUCUCGGGCGAUACCUCGGACUUUGCCGCGCCUUACUUCUUGAUGUGGUUCCACACGAGCCUCACCAUCUCCUGCUACCCGGUGUAUCUGCUAUCGGCUCGGAUACGAAAGUUGGACAUGAAAGAAGCGCAUAUUGAAGCUGGCCAAGUCUUUGGCCAAGCUGGCAUUUGCUUCAUCGCCAUCGUCAAAUACGUCUUGCCAUUUCUGGUGCUUUGGACUGGGGCUAAUUACUUGUAUGCACGGUGCCUAGGCCAUGUUUCUGCCUCAAUCGCCACUUCAAUCAGCUCCGGAAACGCGGCAAUGGUCUACGUCUUGGCGAUUUUCAUCCUAAGCGAGAAAUUUCACUUACAAAAGGCCUUCGCUGUAGUUCUUGGAGUUGGCGGCAUCGUCCUGAUCUCCGUCGACCCCAGCGGGAACGGGGAUGGCGAAUGGAUCGGCUAUGUGCUGGCCGUUGCCUCGGCAUUCUUCUCUGCCCUCUACAAAGUUUCCCUUUUCAUGACUUGCCUGGGCUUUACGAACCUUGUCAUCAAUGUGAUCCCGGCUUUUGUACUCGCCUACACUGUUGAAACGCUGCAUUGGGCCCAUGUGCCGUGGGGCUUCAUCUUGGGCGGAGGAUUCCUGGCGCUACUGUUCGACUUCCUAAUCAACUUCGGCAUUGCAUUGUUGGACCCGCUAGUUAUUUCAGUCGGAAUGCUUGUCGGCAUCCCAGUAAACACAGCCGUCGACAUGGUUCGAGGAAAAGUUUCAACGAGCUCUUGGUACAUCUACGUCGGGACAAUACUUGUCGUCCUUUCAUUCAUGCUGAUCGUCAUCCCGUGGCAGUACAAUCCUAGUUGCCUCUCAAAAACCGAAGAGGACGACGAAGAAGAAACGCCAAAAGCCUAUGCCAACUCUAUCACUGAAGACGAAUGUAAA